GCUCAUGUUUAUUUGGCUUGGAGAGGUAGGUACUGCGUGUUCCCAUGUGAGUUAAACACGGCUAGUUGAUAUUGUGUGGAGGUUUGUUGAGACGAUCAUGGAGGGAUCAAUUAAAAACAGAAUUAAAAAUCUCCUGAGGUCGCCGUCUAUAAAGCUGAAGAGGAGCCGACGACUGGACAAAGAAAACAUGACUAACAAGUUAACUCUGGAGAGAGUACUUGGUAUAACGACAUCAGGAAGCAGUGGAUUAACAUGUGAUCCUUGCUCCGGGACUAUUGCCUAUCCGGCCGGGUGUGUAGUAGUGCUCCUGAACCCCACAAAGAACCAACAGAAACACAUAAUCAACAUGUCCAGGAAAACUAUAACCGCUUUAGCUUUUUCGUCAGAUGGCAAAUAUCUUGUUACAGGAGAGUAUGGUCACCUGCCUGCAGUGCGGGUUUGGGAUGUGGCUGAUGGCUCUCAGGUGGCAGAGCUACAGGAGCACAAGUAUGGAGUGGCCUGUGUGGCCUUCUCUCCAAACAACAAAUACAUUGUUAGCAUUGGCUACCAGCAUGACAUGAGUGUCAACGUGUGGGCCUGGAAGAAAAACAUGUUGGUGGCUGCUAACAAGGUGUCCAGUAAAGUGACAGCAGUGUCUUUCUCUGAGGACAGCUCCUACUUUGUGACAGCUGGAAACAGACAUGUCAGAUACUGGUACCUGGAACCCUGCAACUCCAACAAGCUCACAGCCCCUGUUCCACUGCUUGGCCGUUCGGGUCUGUUGGGGGAGUUACAGAACAACAACUUCUGUGAUGUAGCCUGUGGGCGUGGUGGAAAAUCUGAGAGUACCUUCUGCAUCACGUCUUCAGGGCUGCUGUGCGAGUUCAAUGAGAAGAGGAUGUUGGAUAAGUGGGUAGACCUGCGGACCAGCACAGCGAGUGCUCUUUUUGUCACCGAGGAGCUGAUCUUCUGUGCAUGCGCUGAAGGAACUGUGCGAGUGUUUAGUCCGUCUGACCUGCACUUCAUUUGCACCCUGCCUCGGCCUCAUCACCUGGGCGUCGACAUAUCGUCUGUCACCCAGGCCAGUCACCUGCUCUGCAACAAGCCAGAUGCCCGUUACCCUGACUCGGUAGCAGUGACCUAUGACCCUGUUAACCUCUGGCUGUCAUGUGUUUAUAAUGACCACAGCCUGUAUGUGUGGGACGUUCAGGAUUUGCAGCGAGUGGGAAAAGUGUACUCUGGUCUUUACCACUCUGCCUGUGUGUGGGAUGUGCAGAUAUGCCCUGGAGCUAAAGAGGAGCCUCUGACGGGGCUCACUUCUUCAGGGCUGUUCUUCAGCUGCUCUGCAGACAGCACUGUCCGCAUGUGGAGCACAGAGCCAGACAUCAACCCAACCAGUAGCAACCUUCUGAGCAAUGAUCUACGGAAGGUGAUUUAUACAGCCUGUAACAGUGCGUGCCUGCUGGACACAGAGGGAACAGGCACCGGCUGCAUAGAGAAGUCAGAGGAGCAGCCUGCAGACAGCCGAACGGGCAUCAGGACCAUCUGCGUGAGUCCAGAUGGCAAACAUCUGGCCUCAGGAGACCGGAAUGGCACACUAAGAGUUCAUGAACUUAACACUAUGGAGGAGAUUCUUAAGGUGGGGGUGCAUGACUCUGAGAUCCUGUGCCUGCAGUACUCCAAACCUGAGACAGGAAUGAAUCUGUUGGCGACGGCGGGUCGAGAUCGCAUGAUUCAUGUCCUGGAUGUUGAGGAAGACUACGGUCUGCUGCAGACCCUGGAUGAGCACUCCUCCUUCAUCACAGCUGUUCGCUUCGCCGCCAGUGAGGGGAAGGUGAGGAUGGUCAGCUGUGGAGCUGAUAAGAGCGUGUACUUCCGCACUGCCCACAGGACUUUCAGAGGAGUACAAUUUAAUCGCACACACCACGUGGUGAGAAAGAGCACUCUUCAUGACCUAGAUGUGGAUCCCACUUGCAAGUAUGCAGCUGUAGGCUGUCAGGACAGAAACGUCAGAGUGUUUAACAUAAGCAGUGGGAAACAGAAAAAAUCCUUUAAAGGCUCUCAGGCUGAAGAUGGCAGCCUUCUCAGGGUUCAGAUUGACCCGUCUGGCCUGUAUGCGGCCACCAGCUGCUCAGAUAAGAAUCUCAGCCUGUUUGACUUCCGUACCGGAGAGUUUCUGGCUGCCAUGUUCGGCCACUCGGAAAUCAUAACAGGCAUUAAAUUCACACGGGACUGCAGGCAUCUGAUCUCAGCCUCAGGAGAUAGCUGUAUCUUUAUAUGGCGUCUUGCUCCUGAGUUGACCAUUAACAUGAGGGAGAGGCUGGAUCAGUUGCGCUGUCAAAGUGGCCCAGGUUUUACAGAUUCAGAGAGCAGACGGGCCUCUACAAGCAGUCUGGAGAUGCACAGCACCCUGUCUCUAACGACCUGCACCUCUGAGAGUGAGGAAGAUGAUGAACAAUUUGAGGAUAUCCACAUACCAGAUGACCAUGAUAUACCCCGAAUAUUAUUAGACGCGGAUCAGGGUACUUCUGAAGAGACAAAUGACUGGGACUCCUCUAAGUUGCAGGAGUCAUCUACAGGUUCGAGCCUGUCUGAGCCAUCUUUGCCCGAGGUUCCACACAGGAGAAAACGCUGGAACUGUAGGAUGGGCUCUUUUGAGCUGAUGGUGAAGUCCAUGCUGGAACUUCGGCAGUUUGACUCAUUUUCUAAGCCCGACUCUCCCCUAAGGGCCUCUGAGGGUCAGCUCAGCAACCAGGCCUGCAGCAGCACUGCCAGCCUGCACAAAGACACUAAGUGGAGUAAGAAGCAGGCUUGUCCUGACUCUUCCUGGUUGGGUCCUUCUUCAUCUCCUGAACCUGAGGGUGUAGUGCUGAGUUCAGAACUGUGCCCAAACAAUGGCAGCUUGCUUAGAGUGUACCAGGAGCAGGAGGAGAAAAGCCACAGCCCUGACAGAGGCAGCUCCAUGGGCUAUGCCAGUGGAGGAUCCAGCCCAGAGCAGGCUCACGAAGGCUCAGAUGAUCCUGAGCCACUCAGCAGUGAUGAGGAAGAUGAGGAGGCAGCAAGAGGAAGCCAAUUUCACAAACCAGGGAGUCUUGAACAAGAGCGUUUCCUCAAACAACACUUUAAGACACUGGCUGAUGCCAGCAUCUUGGGUAAUGACGCCAAACCUCAACGCAGCAUUUCAGCAUCCUUCCUUGCCCAAGGCUCCACCCCCAGGAGACAUUCCCAGUUCCACUGCAAGACUGAAAAGAAGUCUGAAAAAUGUGCUGUAUUGAAGCCGUUGGUGUCUACAGUACGUCCCUUGCAGAAGGACAUCAGUCAUGAGACGAACUUGGAGCAGAGAUCAGAUUCCUGCAUUUCAGAGCAGCUACACUCAGCCCCUAAGAGGAGGAAAACUUGUGGUGUGAAGAAUGUGUCAAGCCCGACAAUGUCCAGGGUGGUCAGCUCUGCAGACAAUCCACUUUUUAAAUCCAUGUCAGCACUCAGCAUUACAGCAAACAGUCGAAAGUCUGUAACGACAUCCCUAUUGAAGCAAGCGUCUCGACCUUCCACACCCGAGCUACUCGCAGACAGGAAUGAUUCAAUAUCCCGGCACCCGUCUCCCACAGGCUCGCCAUCUCCCCCGCCAUGGGAAAGCCCAAGCACUAUCCGACGUCUCAAAGUGCGCUCAUACAUGAGUCCCACAACCAGCUCCAGAGCCAAAGUCAGCCGCUCCAUGUCCCUCAAAGAAGGUCUUCAUCUAAACCUUUCCACUGGUCAGACAUCUCUAUGCCCUCGGUCAUCCCCUACCAGUCCAUCUCGUGCCAGCACACCUGUUUUGCCAUCUCUAUCUGCCCCUCUCCCUGUUCCGUGCAACCCAGCCGAAUCAAGAUUGAGCCAUGGUGGAAGUCCUCCAAAAUUAUAUUCUAAAAUCACUAAGUCCCAUGUCUCAGCAAGAAUGAGUAGCCCUCUGUCUGAGUUUCCCAGCAGGUCCACACCUGCUCCCAGUACAGACUUUGCUGCAGGCACAAACACUUUUGCUAAGACUGGAGUUCAGGCCGGUGAUAAACUCUAUACAAAGGGCCAGGUGCAACCUACAAAGUAUGUGCUCCCUGUUCCUGUCUCUCUGCCUUUGUCUAUGACAGACUCACUGGGCCCUAAAACUUCAUCACACAACUCACAACACCCCCUAGUGGAUGUCCAGGCCUACAACAUGACAUGCAAGAGCCAGUGUGAUCAAGAGCCCUCGAUGAACAUGGAGACCUGCAGACAGGCUGCUGCCGAGCUGUACAAUAGUGUGAAGAAGGCCAUUCAGCUAUACACCAUGGUGAGCUCCUGUGUUGGAAAUGUUGGUUUGGAGCAGAAGGAGAUGGAGCGUGUGCUGAUGGAGGCAUUGUUCGCGGCACGUUCUGAGCUGGAGGCUGUUCCGGGAUUCACUAAGGCGUCAGGGCCGACUGUACUCGGUGAAGGUGAAGAGAAGACAAUGGCUCUUUUGGAGCAGUACUCUCAGCUUCUACUGCAGUCUGUAGAGAAGAGACUCGAACACAAAAUCUAGUCUGAAUAAUCUCAAAUAGACUACUAUCCUGACCUCAUUAAAAUGGCAGUGAAGAUGGGAAUUAUGCACUGGAUAUCUAUACACAAAUUCCAGAUUUUAACUGUCAACAUGUUAUACCAAGAAUAUAGUUUUUUAGAUUUUAGUGUUCAUUCUUUGCCUUGAGAAUGAACGGCUAUGUUUUAUACCGUCUUUUAACAUGAAGUUUUAUUCAAGUAUAUAAUUUAAUGUACAUGUGUUUGUUUUCUAAGUUAAUAUGUCCAUUUAUGUUUGUUGUUUUUAAUAUAUGCUGGUAUAAUUUUUUAAAAUAAAGUUUUAAACAUCAUACACACUCCACUCUUUUGAGUCGAUUAGAUUCAAAAGAGGGAACGCUGUGAGCACAUGAUGAAGCCUUGAGUGUUUUUAACUAGAGGGUGAGUUUGUGUCUUUAUUUAUGUGUUUCUGGUUCUGACUUCUGUACCACAGGUUCCAUUUCACAUGAUGUUCUUAAAAUAAAAUGA